AUGUCUCCACCGACCAUCAUGUCCGAAUCACCGGUAGAGAGGAGUGUGGACUCGAUCAUCAGUGCAGAAGCCUUUGAUGAGAAAAAGGGGACCACUGUCUUUGCUGUCAAGCCCGAUUCACUGGAGGGUACAGCCCCGUACGAUGAAGGCGAUGAAAACCCGGGCGCAAUCAUCGUUACCGGUGCUGACGCGGCCAUUCAUCUGCUACCUCUUCGAGAUGACUUUGAAAAUGUCUUGACGUUUAGAAGUAUCGUGCUUGCCUCCGCGCUUGCAUGUUUCCAGGCUGUGAUGAACCAGAUUUAUCAGUUCAAACCAACUCUGAUCACAAUCCAGGGAACAUUCAUUGUGCUCAUCUCUUACUUCCUUGGCAAGGCCUGGGCUAAAUUCCUUCCCCGUGGCGAUAAAUUCGAAGCUAGAUGGAGAGAUAAAGGCGGCCAGGGGGAACCACCUUUGUGGAUUAAGGUGAUGAAGUUUUUCAAUAACGGACCAUGGAAUUUGAAAGAGCACUCUAUCUGUGCUAUCACUGCUACAUCCGCGUCUAACGCUUCCGGCACGGCAACGGUGUUUGCAGCACAGGAACUCUUCUAUAAUAUGUCCUUGAGCGCGGCGACCGUGAUUUUGAGCACUAUCUCCGUUGGUCUGUUUGGCUAUGGGCUCUGCGGAGUCAUGCGUCCCAUCGCUGUCUGGCAUACUGAGGCCGUUUACUGGAGCACUUUGCCUACCGUCAAGACUCUCCAGGGACUUCAUUGGCAGCAAGUCAAGAACUCGAAACCACUGAGAUAUUUCUGGUAUGCUUUUACUGGCAUGUCAAUUUAUGAAAUUAUCCCUGCCUACAUCUUCCCAUGGUUGAACUCCGUCUCUAUUCCGUGCCUAGCUGCCCAGAAGGCUACUGGUAACACCGCUGCGGUACUGACCAAUAUUUUCGGUGGUGCUACCAACAAUGAAGGUCUUGGCCUAUUCACGCUUUCAUUUGAUUGGCAAUAUCUCACAUCUUUUCAAACUUCGCUGCCUCUCGCCCUACAGGUGCACCAAGCCUUGGGACUUGGCACUUGCUUCAUUAUCAUGAUAGGCAUUUAUUACGGCAACGGCUGGCAUGCGAAAUCGCUGCCAUUCAUGUCGACCAGACUCCUUACAGCAAACGGGACCGCGUAUCCUUUGGACAGUGUGUUUCCCGGUGGUGUGCUCGAUAAGGACGCGAUGGCCGAGUACGGCUUACCGUCGGUUACUGGAACAUUCGCAUUCGCAAUGUUCAUGGCCAACGCUGCAAUUGGCGCCCUGAUCGUUCAUUGCAUCCUUUUCUGGGGCAAAGAUAUCUGGAAGACCUAUAAAAGUGCGAGAGAGGGCAGAUUUGAUGAUCGUCACCAUGUGCAUAUGGCCACGCACUACAAGGAGACCCCGUGGUGGUGGUUUAUUGUCGUACUUGUUGGCAGCUUCGUCAUUGGAAUCAUUGUGACCACAACUCAGAACAUCACCCUGCCAACCUGGGCAUACGUCGUAUCGCUGCUGAUUGGCACUAUUAUUGCGCCUUUUAGCACCAUCCUUUACUCUCGCUACGGAAAUGGUAUUGCUACAAACAAUCUGUCAAAGAUGAUUGCAGGACUGCUGCUUCCGGGACGCCCGGUCGGUAACAUGUACUUCGCUGUUUGGUCCCACAACGUCAUCCAAAAUGCUGUCAAUCUCUCCAAUGAUCUCAAGAUGGGCGAAUAUCUCAAAAUUCCUCCCCGCGUCAUGUUCCUGACACAGCUCUACGGCACAAUCCUUGGCGCCUUUGUCAACUACGCUGUGAUGAUCUCCAUUGUGUCCGGGAACCGAGACCUUCUCCGCGAUGGUAACGGAAACUCGUCCUGGAGCGGUGCAACUAUCCAAGCUUAUAACACGAAUGCCGCAUCAUGGGCUAUGGCUCCCUACAUUUACAAGAUCGGUACCCCGUACGGCGCUGUGCCUAUCGGUAUAGCUGUUGGUGCAGGAGCCGUGCUUGUCCACCGCAUCUUCUACUACUUCGUCCCUAGAAUUGGAAAGCUUGAUGUUGCGGAAGUCAACAUACCCCAAUUUAUCCAAUAUGCUGGUUACAUUCCCUACAACCAAAGUCAGACCUGCGUCCUCUUCACUUGGAUUCUCGGCGGAUUCUAUGUUCAGUACUACCUCCGAAACUACAAGCCGCGGAUCUUCAAGGACUACUCGUAUCUGAUUGCAGGCGCCUUCGAUGGCGCGAGUCUGACAGUCCUCUUCAUCCUCUCAUUUGCUGUUUUCGGAGCUGGUGGACCUGCGCACCCAUUCCCAUCGUGGUGGGGUAAUAACCAGAAGGGCAACUAUGACUGGUGUCCGGUAGCAGAGUAG